CUGAAUGAGUGUCAUAUGUAGCGUUUGUAUGUUUUGCAAAGAAGUACCUCUCCAAAGUUAUGAGUGGACAUAGAUGUGCAUUCAUCAUCAGUCUAAUCAUAUUACUGCUCAACUUAUCAUUUUUCAAGCCAGUGGUGUACAUGGCUGAAGAUGAUGAGUUCGAUGGCGAAGAAAGGAUUCUGCCGCAUAUGGCUGUAAGUGAAGAUCUUGUUGAGUUCCUUUGCUCGGGCAAUGCGAGGUGCAUCCCAUUAUCAAGCUGCCAUCCUCUUCUUCAAUUGGUUGAGAAAUCGUGUCUAAACAUUAACAAAAGCUGCUACAAACCGGUGCUGGCCGAAGGCAGAAUUGAAGCAGAUAAAGUAACAAAAUUACUGGAGCAUCCUUGCUGUGGCUCAAUCAUAGCUCCAAGAGUAGUCCUAACAACUGCUCACUGUGCACUCAAAAAUCCAGAUAAUUUGAGCAUAGUUUCAGUGCGAGUGGGUGAAUAUGAUAUUUCACAGAAUCCAGACUGCACGCCAACAUUUUGCGCUUUGCCAGUGAGAGAUGUACCGCUCAGUCAUGUUGUCAUACAUCCAGGUUACUCUUCAAAAACCUAUCGUCAUAAUAUAGCUCUUCUGGUUCUCAAGCAGAGGCUCAAUUAUUCAGUUACAGUGCAACCAAUCUGCCUGCAUCAGUCUCAUUCGCCGCUGGAGGGGAGCCGAGCAAUACUGGUUGGCUGGGGAAGGGUACCAGGAGACACAGAUGUGAGAAAGAGACAACAGCAAAUUGACUUACCAGUGAUUGGUCUGGACAGAUGCGUGCGAGUGUAUGGAGGAUCAGUGCCUCUAUCCAUGAAUGAAAUCUGUGUUGGUGGAGAGGAAGGCAAAGACGCCUGCUCAGGAUUUGGUGGAGCUCCACUUGUUCUCAUGGAUAAAAUUUCCAAGGGCCACUUCACUCAGAUUGGUAUUGUAUCAUUUGGAUCAGAGAAAUGCGGGGUGGAAGGUAUUCCAAGCGUGUAUGUGAGAGUUGAUCAAUAUGUGGAUUGGAUAAAGUUGAACUCCCCCAAUGAAGGAUGAUUAUAAAAUAUUGGAUCUCAACCAGGAUCUCCAACAGAAACAACUUGAUGUUCAAAAGUUCAGAACAACUAACCUAUGAAUAAUGAAACUUAUAUAUCACUAUAGUACUAUGAACUACCGUAUGCUUUUGAGCUUUUACAUGUUUUGAAAACUCUAUAUUAUUGUGUUCAAGAUUUCCGUUUAUUAUCAAUAAAUAUGAUUUU